CGACAUAUUCCGAACUUUUAUCGACAUGCCAACGAUAAUUCGACGUUUGGCGCGAAAUUUGCUUUUGUUUCUGGUCUUUCUGCAAUACGUGAAUGAAAAUGCCCGGAGCCGUAGAUGUACUUCAGGUAAGACUGUCUUCAGUGUUUCAUUACUUUUCAAUUCGAAAGUAACCCUUUCUUGUUCGGAAAUGGCACAGCAAUUCGCAAACGAUGACUUAUUCGACGCGGAGCUCGGCGAAGACAGUGAUGGCGGUCAAAAUGGCGACUGCUCGGAGGAUGGAAACGCUUCUAAGUCUUCAGCGCCCGAUUGGCUUGACAAGGAAAACCAAGAAAACUCAAAUGAAGAAGCUGCAAAUAGUGAUUCUGACGAAGAUACAAUGCCUAAAAAGAAGAAUAAACAGAGAAAACGAGAAUCAAGAAAGAAGUCUCCUAAGCCUCGCAAGGCAAAGAAGGCGGAACUCAUUUCAUUGUAUAGUGAAACACAAAGAAUUGUCAGAGAAAAAAUAGUCAGACUGCCAUACCACCAGCCAACAGUUCUUCCAAUAUCACAUUUUCUGAAAAGGGUGCCACUAACAGAUGAAAAAACAACAGCAAGGAGGCUACAAGUUGCAGAGUCAUCAGGUAAUACGCCAGAAAAUACUUCACCAGUUAGUGACGAUAAGCCUGAUGAUCACAAGCUUACUAGUCCUGUUCCAGGGGAUACUGCCAGUCCCACAGGAGCUGUUAAUGGAGUAAAGUGGGCCAUUAAAGCAGCCACACCCAAACUGAGUGCUGCAGCAGAUCCCUUCUUCCUGGACAUGGAUGAUACCCCAUCUUCAUCAAAACAUGCAAAUAAAGGAGUUCAGAGAUUAAUGGAAAGGUUUAUGAAACACACCACAAAGCCUCAAGAUAAAUCUGUGACUCCAGUGCGAUCUACUGAUGCAAACGAUAAUCAAACAGAUGUGAUAAACACUGAGGGCACACCAAAACCUAGAGGAGUUAUCUCUGUAGUUUCUGAUGACAAAUUGAAGGAUGCAACUCCUGGCUCCAGACUCCAACUUCUUAAGGAGCAACUACAAAAACAAAUGAAAGUGAAACGAGCUGAAGUUAGGAAAAUACAGGAAUCCCAGCGGAAGUUAGAUAAUGAAGAAAUGAGUGAAGAGGAGGAAGAGGAAAUGACAGAUGAAGAAGAUGAUUCUGAUUUUGAACUAGACAAAUGGAAUGAAGAUGAUGAAAGAAAACAAGAGGAAGGUGACAGUGAACUGGAAGAAGAAGAAACAAAAGAUAAGAAUGCCUUUAUAGAAGACGAGGCCGAUGAAAGUGAUAAUGGUGAAGAUGAUAACAGGAGAUAUGAUGUUGACUCUGGAUCUGAGGGGGACAUUAGUGAUGGAGGUGAAAGUGACAACAGUGCCGAUGAAAACUUGGUAUUUAGUGACGAUGAAUUGUCUGAGACAACCUCCAACCAGAAAUCAAAAAAGAAAAGAAAGAAACCUAAACAAUCAAUGGUGAAUCUCGAGGAGAAAACAAUGGAUCUUUUCUGCGACAGCCACUCUAAAGGAGGACCACUAGAUGAACCUUCACUAAAGAACAGCAACACAGAAAAAGAUAGUGCGGAGAGUGUGGCAAGUCUUUGCCUUCGUCUUGACAGCUUAGAGGAAGGCGAUGACACAAAUUUCAAUUUCCCAAGCUUGCCAGUCUCAACAAAGCUCACGACAGGAGUGAGAAAAGGAGAAAAGCAUUUGGCAAACAUUUCUGACAUAUCACAGGAAUCCAGCCAAUCCAGCUUUGGAGAAGGGUCAGCAUCGGCGUCGGCGCUUGGUGAAUGUACUAAUAGCCUUGAAGCCAGCAGUGACAGCAGUAGGAUUCCUCCAGGGCAAGGGGAUAAUAAUACUCAGGAAAAUGAAGACAGAAGUUCUGACAAAAAGACACCAGAGACAUUCUCUUCAUUCUCAAGGCUUAGGAACUUGAUUGGCUUAACAAAUGAUGGAGAUACACAGUCUAUAAAGAAGGUGAUAGGCAGACGACAACAACUUUAUUUUAUUUACACAAUUUUACAAAAAGAUAUAGAUUUGUUUGACAAUGGAAGUGACAGAAAUGCAGAAACCAACAACUCUGAACACGUUGGAAGCAGAGCAGAGACUAAGUCUAAUGAUUUCCACUUCUCUCUUGAUGAAGAUACACAGUUUACGCAAAUACUGAACACUCAGGGUUUCCUUAACUCCAGUAAAAAGAGUAAACCAAAAACAAAGAAACUCUUUGAUGACGACCUGAACAGCGACACCCAGCCACACAUGAAGGAGCUGCUUGGUUUAUGCUCAGGAAGAUUUAGUGACAGUGAAGACAGCAGAACUGCUAAAAACGUUGAAACUCAAGAUAAUGCAAAGGGACCUCAGAAGGGUUUGACAUUUCACACACAAAGCAAGCAAUUUGACAUGAAUGAGUUGUUGGGCUUGUGUUCAGGAAAGUUUACAGAUGGCGAAAAUGAGAUUGAUGAUGAUGUCUCAAGGAACUUAGAAAAUGAUUCUGAAAACAGUGAAUGUGAGUUGGGUGAACAGGAGGACAAGACUAUGAAGAGUGAUAACGAUGAUGAUGAAAACAGGAAACCUGUCGAGAAGAGUGACGGAGAAGAGGAAAGUGAUCCUGAAGAGAUGAUCAUACAAAGAAAAUAUGGCAAGAAAUAUGAGGCAAAGAAAAGCAAUAUUUUUGACAAAAGAAAUUUCUUGGAAGAGGAAGCAGAGCUUUCAGGAAGUGAUGUGGGUUCCGAUGAAGAUGAAGAUAUCGCCACAGACGAUGACGUGUUGGAGGAAGAUUCUGGUGGAGAAGAAUUGCCAUCUGACGAGGAACUUCAGAAACAAAUCAACAAAGCUCACAUGAAAUCCAUCCACGAGCAGGACAACGCCGACCUCAGAGCUGUCAAAGAGAUGUUUCUUCCUGAUGGCGAUCUGUACACGGAUGGUCAGGGCCGUACAAGACAUUUCCGAUGGCGGGGUAUUGAUGAAAAUUCACAAUUUGAUCUUUUUGGUAACAAAGAUCUAUGGGGUGAUGAGGUAGCUGAAGCUGUUGAAUUGAGUACGGAAGAGGAGAUUCAGCGACGGAAGGAAAGAUAUGAAAGGGAAGCUUUUCUUCGGGAAGAAAUGGACAAGCAAGAGAUUGACGUAUUGGAUAUUGAUGAGAACAGCCAAAAUAUCCUUAAUAAAAUUAAAGAUACAAGCAGUCAACUACCUGAAGGUAACUGAGGUUUACAAUUUCCAUCCAUGUU